AUGGAGGUGGCGUUCCGGCCAGCGAGAUACAAGGUCCAGCUGCCAUUGGUCAUGGACCCUCUUCAGCAUUUCCCCCAGCAUAUCAGCGCGGACAUUGUUCAUUUAUCUCUCCCACACCCUCAUGUCGGGCUUCCAGGUCUCUACAUUGACCGCCUCCUGGAUCUUACGACUGUCUCUCGCCACUGGGAACAAUUUAUUUUGUCAGAACCUCAACUUUGGACGACCUUGAACGCUGAUAGCCGACUCGAGGAUUCACUCUCCAAAAUCGUGUUGGGUUGCUCCCUUUCCGCUAAACGAGCACUUACCGUACGAAUUGAUACCAAAACAACAGGAAGGGAACUAGAGAAUAUGCUACUGGCGUUAAAGCAGCAUCGGGAGAGGAUCGUAAACCUCGACCUGAUUGCCGGCAAGUACGUACUGGAUGGGGACCUUGAUGCCUGCCUGCGUUCUUUGGAGGAGAUAGUUGGAUCCCUCCCAGCUCUGAAACGAUUAGAGCUCGGCUCAACGAGCUCCGCGGACGAAGGAGCACAGUCCAAGAUCCUUGCAUAUGCGAAUAUUCAUCCCAAACUCGCAUCUAUAGAUGGAUUAGAUAUCAAGCCAACGCUUUUGAACACCAAGUGGCCGUUAUCAAUGAAGCGGGUGGUCGCAUAUGUGCAUGUUUGCAAAGUUAUUCCACACUUGCAUCAAAUCAGGAAUGCAGAAAGCGCAACCUUUCAUGAAAGUCACGAGACCUCCAUUCCCUUACCUUUGGAGACACCUCCCCCAGUGCACUGGCACAACGUAGAGCUAUUCGACUGCAUCCCGGGCAUCUCGCGACAUCUCAUUCCUUCCUUCUCGGCUGCACUAGUAAAUUUCACGGUCACAAUUGAUUCAUCAGAACUAUCCGACCUCUUCUAUCAUCUUCAUCCCGCCGCUCAGCUGCGACGCUUGCAUAUAAUUCUGGCCAUAACCGACUCUGUAGACAACCUCACACCAGACGAUACAUUCGCUCAUCUUCUACAACUUACCACCCUCCAAAUCCGGGUACACUCGUUUGACGAUGAGCACUACCCAGGCUCCCUUGUCCGGCUACUGCGACUAUUGGUAUCCGCACUACCAAACGUUGCCCAACUUGAUCUCUCUGGAGAACAUGCAAACCGCUUGCUCCCGCUUUGUGCUUCUGUUGAUGGUCUACCGAACCUCAAGAUGGUAAAUCUGACGGCUGCCAUUGAGAGGCGCACCGUGGGAUUAAAACUGUUACAACUUGCACCCUCUAUAACACGACUCGAGGUUCAGGAUGAAUGUGAUAGGUGGUCCCAACUUCGUUCGGGGAAUGUCAGCGAAUUGACGCUGAGGUGGAUUCCACGCACUCCAGAUGGUUCAUCACGACCUUUCAAGUUGAAGUGGUGGCCAAACCUGGUAACGUUGCGCAUCUCCAACAGCCUCAGGAGUCCCUUCUCAGUACACGGAGAAAAGAGAUUUACGACAAUGAAGCACCUGACUACUCUGAAUCUCACCUAUGACCAUCAAGAGAUGGAAUACGCAAGUACUGUGACGCCAUGGAUGGUUGCUGCUGUGGAGUACGCCAGGUCUCUACCAUGUUUGGAGAACUGGGUAUUAGAUGCGCAUAUCGAAUGGGACAUCUUCUUCAUCAUGCUCGAAGCACGCAACAGUACCAAAUCACCAUUGAUCAAAUCAAAUGUACGGCCCAUUAAGUCUGUCAAGUUCACUUCAACAGCUCCAUUCAAGCACCUCUGUCUUGUACUAGAUAUUCUCGCCGGAUGGCGGGUGGAGAGGCCAUCAAAUCUAGAGUUAUCGUGGCGCGGAAACUUGGAUGGACUACUGGAUACCAAUGUGCAAGUGUUGUUUCUCCUCAAUUCUCCUCGCAUUCUCAUUCACACUAGGUCUGGUUGCAUGUUUUGUCACCGGUCUCUGAUCUACUGUCGGUAUCCAUCGAUUGGCUCAUCGCGGAGCCUGACGACUGAACCCCGUGUGGUCACUGGCACUUCUUCACGGCAUCCUACUCUACCUAAGCUGAGCCCAUACCCAGACGAUGACCUCGAAGUACUUCGGACGUGGAGAACGCGGGAGGAUGAGUGGCAGCGAGUGAAAUCGAAGCUAUCUUCGAGUAUGAGAGCCAAGGUAUGCAGGAAUUGGUACACUGAAAACGUCAACAUUCCGAGUGCUGUCACAAUCACUGCUGAAGGUGUCAGAUACACAUACGAUGACCCAUAG